AUGGUCGGCAGGCCCUAUCCUUCAUUGAAUUCUUUUUUACUGCUUGUUCUCUCCACCGGCUUCUUGCAACUUGUUGCGAUUCUCAUCAUCAUAAUCCUCCUCAUCAUGUCGACAUCAGGGAGCUUGCGGCAACGUCGUGGAGGGGUUGGGUCAAAGGCCCGCAGGUUGAUGGCAGUUUGCAUGGGUGGAGUUUUGCUGUUCUGCAGCGGAGAGGGCGUUGCAGAUCACGUGCGUGAAGGACUUCAGAACAGGGGUUUGGAGGAAGUACACUCAGACGACGCAAAACCUAAGUUAACAGUAAAGGGCACCACCGCCAGAUGCGAGUUAAAGCAGAACGGUGGCACAGCUCAGGCUGCAGCUACUGGCUCUUUGACGCUGUCGCAGAAGAAUCUGACAGCUGCCCUGGAAUGUGUCGGUGCGAAUAUAGCAUCGAUUCCAGAGGAUCUGGCGACGAAUGUGUGUCAGCCAAAUGGCAAGAGUGGAAGAACAAAUCAGUGCACGUUUGAAGGCAACAUCUCAGCAGGCACCGCGGUCACGUUGGACACGUUACUCGGCGUAGCAACCGACGCUCAGUGGACAAAGAAUCGGCAAACAGAAAGGAAGUCGCCCAACACACAAACGUGGACGUUGCAACUGAAGGAAGCGGACCUUCCUUUGUCCGAGAAGACAUUCUUCGUUGGGUGCCAAGAUGGCUCGAAUUCGCGAUCCAAUGGUAAAAACGCGUGCAAGCUCACUGUAAAUGUGGAAGCGAGAGCGUCUUCUGUUGGAGACAACAACGUUGUCACCUGCACUUACGGCAAAAACAGCAACCCUGAGCCCAUGGAGGUGGAGAUGUCAACAGAGAACAACACCCUGACCAUUGACUGUGGCUCCGAGGGUUCGCUGAAACCUGCAACAAAUAGCGCUGAGUACUGCGAUCCACAGAACACAGACUUGGAAAAUUGCGCACACAAGUUUGUGGAUAUUCUACCUACGUUCGUGACCAGCUGGUGGGCGACGACGGGUAACUCUGCUAAGCUGACAAUCCCCCAGACAGACUUUCCGGAAGCUGACCAGCAGAUCCUUUUGGGCUGCGUCCCGACAACGACUGCUUCGGAAGGCACCAAGAAUACCGGACAAACUGACGCAGAGACCGGUACACCAACGAGUUGCCGCGUUCUGGUGACUAUCAAGUCCAGCAGCUCUGCUUCGUAUGGAUCACCGACUAUGCAAAUGUUAGCUGCAGCCUCGGGAGCGGCUGCAGUGACAGGGCUGAUUGUUGGCUCCUUGUAA